AUGAAUUCCAUCAACUUGAUACGAACUUUCAGAACAUCAGGCUCUGGCUACUUGCGCAGAACUACUUUGACAAGGACUGGUGGCGUUUUACCUAUUUUGAUGAGAAAUGCGCGACAAAGCACUACAUCGUCAACAUCUCAAGAAACAUCACCUGCCCACGAAGAGAUUCUCAUUAGUCAACGUGCCAAACGACCGCUUUCACCCCAUUUCACUAUUUAUCAACCACAAUUGACAUGGUAUAUGUCAUUUGCACACAGAGUAACUGGAGCGGGAUUGGCAGUUGGUCUCUACGGAGUGACAACUGCUUAUGCAUUUGGCGGACCUGAUGCCGACACUUUAGUUGCCGCAGUGUCAACUUUACCACCUGCGCUAAAACUCGCAGGAAAAUUCGGCAUUUCUUACUCUUUCUCUUACCAUUACCCGGAUAUUACCGAAAACUUGAUUUGGGCGGUAGGAUAUUUAUAA